UAUAUGUACUCUCCCUGGUGGUUCUUCUAUUGCACACCACUGCCCCCUUCAGCCUCCCACAUCAUAAUGAGUCGUCGUAGCCUUCUCAUGAAACAGGUCAUGGAUUCGUCGUCGUCCGAUGACGAUGGUGAAUUCAUUGUUGCUGCAGCCAACCUAGCACGCAAGCAAUAUCAAGUUGUCAAUGCGCCACGGCCUGGUGGUUCGGUCCCUGGUCAUCAAAUCAUCAAUCGCGACAGACAAGAAGGGCAUUGGAGGCUAUUCCGAGACUAUUUCUCGGACGAUUCUACCUACGGCCCGACGUUCUUUAGGCGCAGGUUUAGAAUGAGGCGAUCUCUCUUUUUGCGCAUAAUGCAUGCUGUAGAGCAUCAUGAUGACUAUUUUGUCCAAAGGAGAAAUGCAGCUGGACAACUUGGGUUAAGUGCUUUACAGAAGAUUGCUGCAGCAUUCAUAAUGCUAUCUUAUGGAGUUCCGGCGGAUGCUAUUGAUGCCCAGGUUCGUAUUGCAGAAAGUACCAUUAUAGAGAGUCUGAGAAGGUUUGUCAAAGCUGUUAUUGAUGUAUUUGGGGAUGAGUAUUUGAGAGCACCAAAUGAGAAUGAUACUGCUAGACUACUUGCAAUAGGGGAGGAAAGAGGUUUUCCGGCAGAAGGGCAAGCUCCAAAGGUGAACUACACCAUUAAUGGUCACAAUUAUACAAUGGGAUAUUAUCUUGCUGACGGUAUCUAUCCUCCAUGGGCCACCUUUGUGAAGACCAUUCAGAAGCCACAAGGCAAUAAGAGAAAAUAUUUUGCCAAAGCACAAGAAGCAGUUAGGAAGGAUGUGGAAAGAGCUUUUGGAGUUCUGCAAUCUCGUUUCGCCAUUGUACGUGGUCCUGCUCGUUUUUGGGACCAGGAUAUACUUGGCCAAAUAAUGACCGCUUGUGUUAUCAUGCACAACAUGAUCAUUGAAGAUGAGCGAGGUGAAACACAAGACUUACAAUUUGAUGGCUUAGGAGAAACUGUGACACCAUCCCAUAAACGCACACCAGAACUACAUGAGUUCAUUCAAACUUAUCAUGACAUCACAGACAAGGAAACUCACUCUCAGCUUCAAGCAGAUCUAAUCGAGCACCUCUGGCAACGUCAUGGAGAUCAGUACUAA